AUGAAAUCUCAGAAUUUCCACUAAGGUGUUUAAAAUGAUUUAAAGGAUUUUAUACUAGUUUUGAUCCCUGAUACACCAAAGCAUGAUUUGACUCGUAAAAAUAUAGACUAAACUUCCCACAUAUUGCUUUAGUAGCAGUUAGAACAAAUCAAUUAUGUGAAAAGACCUAGAGUUUAGACAAACAUCCUCUGCAAAGUUAUUUUCGGAAUUUUCAACGCUUUAUUUAUGGUUCUUCACAUAUUUUCUACUGUUAUGAUAUACUUUAGAAGCACUGCAGCUCAAGAGGACAACCCUCUUGAUGAUUCAGCUAUCACAGGCAAGAUGUGUGUCUUCCUGACUGCGGCACUUAUGGUUUACAACAUCAUUUUGCUCUUAUUUGACUACUGCCUUACUACAUUUGCAUACAAGAUAACUAUUGCCAGCAAAUGGUUGAUCUAGAUCCUUGUUUUAGCAAAUUUCGGAGUCUCAGCUUAUUAUAUUUUCCAAUGCUAUGGACAGUAUACCACAGCUCCAACGAAUAAGACUAAUCUGUUCCAAAUGCUCUUUGGUGGAUUAUAUACAUUGACAACAUUGACUUACACUAUUAGUUUUUGGUGUUUCCUUCAAUGA